AUGUCUUUUGAGGAACUACUGCGAGUGCAGAGUGAUACAAGAGUGUGCAAGCAGGUGACUGGUGGGAAGAAAACUGCAAAACCUACCAAAGCUACAGUGAAGCAGCAGCAAAGCAAGAAAGGGCCAUUGGAAAUGUCUGCCAAGAAGCCUGUACCUUUUCUGCGACAAGUCGUCUCUGUUACAAAGAAGGUUCACAGAGACCCUCGAUUUGAUGACCUGUCUGGAGAGUAUAAGCCUGAAAUAUUUAUGAAGACCUACAGCUUCCUGGACAGCAUCAAGAAGCAGGAGAAGGAGAUGAUUCAGAAGCAGCUGAAAAAAUGCCGGAACGCGGAGCAGAAGGAAAAACUCCAGCAGCUUCUGAACCGCAUGACACAGCAAGAACAGGCACAGAAAAAACAGCAGAAAUUGAGGGAGAGGGAGCUGUCUUUGAAGAGACAACGGAGGGAAUUGGCCAAGCAAGGAAAGAAACCCUUCUUCCUAAAGAAAUCUGAGAAGCGGAAAUUGGAGCUAGCAGAGAAGUAUGCAGAGCUGAAGAGGAGUGGAAAGCUGGAGAGCUUCCUGAACAAGAAGAGGAAGAGGAAUGCUAUCAAAGACAAGCGCCGUCUGCCCUCACAGAAGAACUUGUAACUGCUGGACAGACGUGCUGUUGUCUAGCACUGGGAUUCACUCUGCCCUGGCCAGGCCUGGAAGAUGGCCAUCCCUCUUCCCAGUAUCUGCCUGUGACUGUACAGUGAUGCUGUUAGGCAGGAGAGCAGAGGCUGAACUGAAGGAAAUAGUGCUUUUUGUAGCUGAUAUGUCGUCUUUACUUGUUAUUUACACCAUGACUGGGUGGUGACAGGUCUGUCAUGCAGAUGUAUGUGGUGUUGACA